AUGAAUAUCGUUGAAUGGGCUUUUGGAAAGCGCCUGACACCGGCGGAGCGGUUGCGGAAACACCAAAGGGCACUGGAGAAAACACAGAGAGAGCUAGACCGCGAAAGGGUAAAACUGGAAAACCAAGAGAAGAAGCUGGUUCAAGACAUCAAGAAAAACGCCAAAAAUGGGCAGAUUGGCGCGUGCAAGAUUCAAGCCAAAGAUCUUGUGAGGACUAGGCGAUAUAUCCAGAAAUUCUACUCAAUGAGAACCCAGCUGCAGGCGAUCUCUCUACGAAUACAGACCGUCAGAAGCAAUGAACAGAUGAUGCAGUCAAUGAGAGGUGCGACAAUACUGCUUGGAAGCAUGAAUAGGCAAAUGAACCUCCCCGCUUUGCAAAGAAUUGUCAUGGAGUUUGAGCGAGAGAACGAAAUCAUGGACCAGCGGCAAGAGAUGAUGGACGACGCGAUUGACGAAGCGACUGGUCUCGAGGACGAAGAAGAAGGCGAGGAGAUCGUGAAAGAAGUGCUGGACGGAAUCGGGGUCGAUCUUAGCCAGGCUCUCGGUGAAACGCCUACCGACCUCCAAACGACAGGGGUCCGCGAGGGACGUGUCGCCCAAGCUGUCGGGGGCGGUGGCAGUGCCGAAGAUGAGGACCUGCAGGCUAGACUGGAUAGUCUUCGAAGAUGA